CUCUCAUGAGAAGGCGAGUCUUAAAGUUCCAUCAGAAUGGGCAGUCUAUCCUCAGACGCAGCAGGACGACAGCAGCAACGGGUCAUGGAGAGGUGUCCGUAGCUUCACAACGGGACUCCCAUCGUCAUCACGGUCCAUCGCAGCGCGAGCAUCACCUCCGCCACGGAUACUUCCUCCGUGAGGUGAGAGCACAAGGCCGUCGGCGAGCUGCACACCGACACCGGAGAAAAUAUGAACAUCCAGGUCCUGCCAGACCACAAGCUGUCAUCAGUGGCCCCGCUGAAACCCUGCAAUGUGGAGAAGAAGGAGGUGGAACUGAUAUUGGUGAAGGACCAAAAUGGGGUCCAGUAUACCAGUUCGACCAUCAUGCCCACCCCCAGCACGCACGGCACCCCCUGCACCGCUGAGGAGCUGGAGGAGAGGGAAACAUGGGGAAAGAAAAUAGACUUUCUCCUAUCCGUCAUAGGCUUCGCAGUGGACUUGGCCAAUGUCUGGAGAUUCCCUUACCUCUGCUACAAGAAUGGAGGUGGUGCCUUUCUAAUCCCCUACAUUCUGUUCCUGGUGAUUGCUGGGAUGCCUCUGUUCUAUAUGGAACUAGCCCUGGGACAGUACAAUAGGGAAGGAGCUGCUACAGUCUGGAAGAUCUGCCCUGUCUUUAAAGGUGUGGGCUACACUGUGAUCAUCAUAGCGUUGUAUGUGGGUUUCUACUACAACGUCAUCAUAGCCUGGUCCCUGUACUACCUGUUCUCCUCUAUGACCAGUGAGCUGCCCUGGCUCCAUUGUGGCAACGCCUGGAACAGUCCGAACUGCACAGACCCCAAGCUACUAAACGGAUCCUUCCUGGGCAAUGGGACGUCUUAUGCCAAGUACAAGAUGACGCCGGCUGCAGAGUUCUAUGAGCGUGGCGUACUCCACCUCCAUGAGAGCAGGGGGAUCCAGGACCUGGGCAUGCCUCGCUGGGAGCUGGUCCUCUGUCUGGUGGCUGUGGUCUUUCUUCUCUACUUCAGUCUCUGGAAGGGCGUCAAGUCCUCCGGCAAGGUGGUGUACAUCACGGCCACCAUGCCCUAUGUGGUGCUGUUCGUCCUGCUGAUCAGAGGCAUCACUCUGCCAGGGGCUAUGGACGGCAUACGGGCCUACCUCCACAUCGACUUUAAACAACUCAACGACCCCAAGGUGUGGAUUGAUGCUGCUACCCAGAUCUUCUACUCAUUGGGAGCUGGCUUUGGAGUGCUCAUUGCAUUUGCCAGCUACAAUAAAUUUGACAACAACUGUUACAGGGAUGCUAUCCUGACCAGUACAGUGAACUGUGUCACCAGCUUCUUUUCAGGUUUCGCCAUCUUCUCUGUGCUCGGCUAUAUGGCCUACAAACACGGAGUAAGGAUAGAGGACGUGGCCACCGAAGGUGCAGGACUGGUGUUCAUCAUCUAUCCUGAGGCCAUCUCCACCCUGCCUGGAUCUACCUUCUGGGCCAUAGUAUUCUUCAUCAUGCUGCUGACUCUGGGCAUCGACAGCUCUAUGGGCGGUAUGGAGGCAGUCAUCACAGGACUGUCAGACGACUUCAAGAUCCUGAAGAGGAACAGGAAGCUGUUCACCUUCGCCACGGCAUUCGGAACCUUCCUUGUCGCGCUCUUCUGCAUCACUAAUGGAGGUAUAUAUGUGCUGACUUUGUUGGAUAACUACGCGGCGGGGACCUCCAUCUUGUUUGGGGUGCUGAUUGAGGCCAUUGGGGUGUCCUGGUUCUAUGGCGUAGACCGCUUCAGUGAGGAUAUCGAGCGCAUGAUGGGCUUCAAGCCAGGUCUCUACUGGAGGCUGUGCUGGAAGUUUGUCAGCCCCACCUUCCUACUGGUCGUGGUGAUAGCCAGCAUCGUGACGUCCACGGGCCUGAGUUAUGAUGACUAUGUCUUUCCUUCAUGGUCCAAUGUGAUUGGCUGGGGGGUAGCUCUGUCCUCCAUGAUGUUUGUGCCCAUCUACGCCAUCUACAAGUUCCUCAGUAUGCCAGGGACAUUCAAACAGAGGAUCGCCUACUGCAUCACACCAGAACACGAACAUCAUCUGGUGGCGGAGGGAGCUACCAUCAGACAGUUCACGCUCAAGCACUGGUUGGCUAUCUGACAACCUGAUGUCACCCAACCUUCCCCACUACUCACAAUUCCGGGGUGUUGGAGUCAUUGUGUUUCGACGGCAGAUGUUCCUGCUGCUGAGCCUCCUGCUACUGGAGGAUGGACAGGGAAAACGCCAUGCUCCUUUCUGCCUCUCUGUGUUCUGUUGGUUCUGACCCAACCUGCGACCUGCCAUCCCCUCUUUUCCACUCGGCCCCUCAUCUCCCUCUCUCUCUCUGUCGAGUGACUACAGAUUCUCUCAUCAACCUCUGCCUACAGAGUCAACUCAGUAUCCUCCAUGUUUUUGCUUGAAGUAUCUUUUUAUUGAAAACUUUUUACCAUGUGACAUCGUCAUCGUCGUCAUUUUUUAAACGUAUAUACAACUCAUAAGAUGGAGACCUUCCAUGCAGAGCAUGUACAGUUGUUUUCUGUGUUCAUGGACACAGUUAUUGUUUUUCAUAUCAUUUGUUUUUUUUUACGAUGACUGUUCUGUGUUCAUUAGUUAUACAUGGGUUAGACACUUAAACCAAGUCAAAAAGUACCAAAUGACCACUUCUGUCAUCAUGUAUGCUCUAGGCAGGGGGAGACAAACAUGACUCACAUUGCUUUUUAUCUUCUUGAUUCUUUUCAAAGAGGCCCCUCAAGCUUUUAGGUGAAUGAGAAAGAGAAGACAUCUAGUUUCAUUGCCCUCUUUGUAUGUCUGACUGAGUAGGUCCCCAGUCACUACUCUAGAUAACAGCAGCUCAACUGUGUCAGUGCCUUAUCAAGCUAGACACUUCCCAACCUGUCAAUGUUUUCAUUGGUCCAUACAGAAAGGUAAAUGUUUUCAUUGGUCCAUACAGAAAGGUUUUGCCCGACGACUCAGGAAUCCUCCUGCAGAUCAGAGCUCGUGGAUGAUAGAUACACUUCAUGGUUACCAACAUACGUUAUUAAUUCAGUUUGAAUGACAAUGUCCUUUAGAUAUUCAUCUUACAGCAGUAGAGGUUUUUCCCAGUUGCCUUCUCCAUCUUUUGAAACCUACCUGAAACAGAUCUGAAGCUUUUGUCACCUGUCUCACAGAAAAGGGAACAAUUUAUGUUGAGACUCAGAAGUGUUUUGUCUUGCAAGUGGUCGUCCUUAUGCUUUACACGUGGCCUUUACACAGAGUAGAGGUCUACAUUGUCCUGCUAUGGUUACUAAUGGUACUGUGUGUACCAACUUUAAUGUGUUGCAUAGUACUAGCAUCCUCUUCAGAGAGGCUUGUGCCCUUGAUCCAAUGAUUUGCCUUCGCCGUGCUGGUGGAUAAACAGUAGUAUUAAACAGUGGGGAAGACGUAAAGGGAGGCUUUGAUUAAAUGAAGUUGAAUCCAGCACUUGAAAGAAGUCUUUAACAGAAGUACUUGUUUCAGUCUUCUAUGGAGAGGUAAGCACUCUUAGUGUUUUAGGGAACGUUUUCAGGCAUGCAAGAAAUGCCCUGUUUCAUCAAAAGCUUAACUGACUUACAGCACUAACACAGGUAGACUCAACAAAACAAGUGAUUUCUUUACUUUUUAUACAAUGUUCUCUUUGUUAUGUUGCAUCUUUCCAAUGCAUUGUUUUGUGGUCCAUAUGGGUGAGGGAAAUCAGGAGCGUCUCCUUCAAAGAGUGUGUGUGUGUGUGUGUGUGUGUGUGUGUGUGUGUGUGUGUGUGUGUGCCCGCGCAUGUGGAAGGAUAGCUAGUGUAUUUUAAGCUUGAAAUGCCUCAUUCAUUGUUACGUUAAAUAGUUUAUGGUGUCUUUAUAUGUUACUUUGUCAUCUGUUGAAGCCUAUUUUUUGUCAAACUCGACUUAAAGAAAAUUCACCACCAAGGAAGUGCCAAACUGUUCACCCCUUUAUUUUAGAGAUGUCUGCUGUUUUUGUCUUUCGUUUUGUUUCUCUUCUCUGUUUCUUUAUUUAUUCAAAUGGAGUUGAAAUGUAACUGAAUUUUUCUUAUUGUGAAAUAACAUUAAUGGCAGGAAGCAAGCCACACACAACAAUUAUUAUUGUAUGUGGAGUAUAAGACAUGGAAAAAUAUAUAAAUAUAUUCUUUUGUUAUAUAUCUAAUCUUGUAUUUAUCAAAUUGUUUAUAAACGAAACGUGAAUGUAAAGUAUUUUAAACGUAACUGUCCACUGUUACUGUUAUAUCAUUGUGUUUGAUGUAGGUAAGAUGAAUCUAUUUACAGAUGUGUUCUCCAGUGUAACCGGGGUAACUUUGCAACGUGAAUGUAGAACCCUGGCAUUACCUGAGCUACGUUUACAGAACACUGUGUACAAUACAAAAGUCCUGUUGAACGUGAGUGACAACUAUCUAUGAAGAAGUCAAAAUAUGCACACUAUUAUAAUAAAGAGUUAUUCUACACACACA